AUUACUAGUCGCAAAAAUAGUUACAAAGUAAAUUACCAAACAGAAAAUAACAUAUCCGACGACUUCAGAAACCAACAAUCAUAUAGCAACAAUUGUUGUUGAGAUGAUGUCUCCAAGAUAAUCCUUUACCAUUAUAAAAAAAAGAAAAGAGGAGAGCUUCGAAGUAUCCUCUGCUAUCUGGCAAUGGAGAGAAUGAACAUGUCCAGUCCUGAGCUCCCUCCAGGAUUCAGGUUUCAUCCAACAGACCAGGAGCUUAUCAUCCAUUAUCUGAAGAAGAAGGUCUCAUCUUCUUCAUAUCCGGAAGUUUCUAUAAUAGCAGACGUGGAUAUCUACAAGUUCAAUCCGUGGGACCUUCCAGGAAAAGCAUUGUUUGGGGAGAAUGAGUGGUUUUUCUUCAGUCCUAGAGAUAGGAAAUAUCCAAAUGGUGUCCGUCCAAACAGAGCAGCAGGAUCAGGUUACUGGAAAGCAACAGGAACCGAUAAACCAAUCCUCACCUCCAACGGAUCACAGUGCCUUGGCGUGAAGAAAGCUCUAGUAUUUUACAAGGGCCGGCCUCCAAAAGGCACGAAAACAAGUUGGUUGAUGCUUGAGUACAGGCUUCUUGAUGAUACCCAUCAUCUGCAUAGGCUCAGGGGGUCGAUGCGAUUGGAUGAUUGGGUUUUAUGCCGAGUUCGCCAGAAAAGUAACACGCAACAAAAUGGAGAGAGUCUUUGCAGCAGUUUUGGCAGCUUCUCUCCAUUUAUUAGCUUCGGGUGCUUACAAGGUCAAGAAAUGUUCGAGAAGAGCAAUACCCUUAAAGACUAUUAUUAUGAUCUUCAGCCCUGUCUUAUGGCUCCUCCAGAAAGUAAAGAGGCAGAUGAGCAAGAACUAGUUGAGUUCCAAGAAGUAUCUCCAGGAUACCCGAUCUCAGGCGUGGCUUCAAAUUCUCAACCAACAAUGGUCUCCACCGUCAAAGAGAGACUUGAAUAUAUCAAGAAGAUACUCUCCAUCGGAGCUUUUGAAGAACUAGUGCCAGCAACACCAAAGAAGAGGCUGCAUGUAUCCUCUUCGAAUAAAGCAGAAAAUGAGUGCCUUUUCGAAGAGACACCUUCACCACCGAAAAAGAGGCUGCAUAUAUCCUCUUCAAAUAAUGCAAAAAGUGAAAGCAUUUUUGAAGUUUCUUCUCCUACUGUUUCAGCCUCAUCUCAGCAGAGCUUUCAGAGCUCUUGA